AUGGGCUCGACACAAGAGCAAAAUACGCGCCGACUAUUAGAAAACGAACCCCUUGGUGACAGAAAGCCGUCGCAGUUCCUCCGUCAUCUUCGCGGACUCGCGGGUGCUGCAUUCCCGGAAGAAGUGUUACAGACAUUGUGGCUAGGUCGCCUACCUAAACAGGUACAAGUUCUUCUUGCAGGGUAUAAAGAUCUUAGCCUGGACAAAAGAGCGGAAAUCGCGGAUUCAGUGGCGAAUGUGUAUGGCCCGCACGCGGAAGUGUCUGAAGCAACCACCGGCGUGGCCUCCAUAAAUGCACGUUUAGAUUACAUGCAAAACGCGCUUACUAUUGCACUUCAAGAAGUCGCUGCUAUAAAAAGUAGAUGCCCGGACGAUCCACCGCGACGUUAUACGCGAUCCAGGACCCGCUCACGUUCGAGAUCCCGCGACAGAGGACAGGAGAAUAACGGUAUGUGUUGGUACCAUUGGAAGUUCGGUCCGGAAGCCAAUAAGUGCCGAAAACCAUGUAAUUACAGUACAAAAGCUGCGGAAAACGAGAGGGGCAGUCGUUGA